AUGAAGUUCUCCUUAUCACUUUUAACUACCAUUGCCACUGCUUUACUUGCAUUACCAGUUGACGCCGGUAAACAUUCAGCUUCAUUAAAGAGAGUUCCACUAGAAGAUACUUUAGAUGCAAACACUUUUAGUGAAUAUACUAAUGCUUUAUCCAACAAGUAUUUGAAUUUAUUUAAUGCUGCUAACGGUAAUCCAACCAAUCAAGUUAUCUUAGGUGGUUCUAAUCCUGCAAAUGAAGCUCAAGUUCCAUUUGUUCAAAAAAGUGGUCAUGAUGUUCCUUUAACCAAUUAUUUAAAUGCUCAAUAUUUCACUGAAAUUGAAUUAGGUUCUCCUCCUCAACCUUUUAAAGUUAUCUUAGAUACUGGUUCUUCUAACUUAUGGGUUCCAUCUCAAGAUUGUUCCUCUUUGGCUUGUUUCUUACAUGCUAAAUAUGAUCAUGACUCAUCUUCAACUUAUAAAGCUAAUGGUUCUGAAUUCUCCAUUCAAUAUGGUAGUGGUUCUAUGGAAGGUUAUGUUUCUCAAGAUACUUUAAAGAUUGGUGAUUUAGUUAUUCCAAAACAAGAUUUUGCUGAAGCUACUUCUGAACCAGGUUUAGCAUUUGCAUUUGGUAAAUUCGAUGGUAUUUUAGGUUUAGCUUAUGAUACUAUUUCAGUUAAUAAGAUUAUUCCACCAAUUUAUAAUGCCAUUAAUCAAGGUUUAUUAGAUUACCCUCAAUUUGCUUUCUACUUAGGUGAUACUGAAAAAGAUGAAAAUGAUGGUGGUUUAGCCACCUUUGGUGGUUAUGAUGCCAGUGCUUUUACUGGUAAAAUCACUUGGUUACCAGUUAGAAGAAAGGCUUAUUGGGAAGUUUCAUUCGAAGGUAUUGGUUUAGGUGAUGAAUUUGCUGAAUUAAAGAACACUGGUGCUGCUAUUGAUACUGGUACUUCAUUAAUUACUUUACCAUCUUCAUUAGCCGAAAUCAUUAAUGCUAAGAUUGGUGCUACUAAAUCUUGGUCUGGUCAAUACCAAAUUGAAUGUGAAAAGAAGGAAACUUUACCAGAUUUAACCUUAAACUUUGCCGGUUAUAACUUUACUUUAGCUGCUAGUGACUAUAUCUUAGAAGUUGGUGGUUCAUGUAUUUCAGUUUUCACCCCAAUGGAUUUCCCAAAACCAAUUGGUGAUUUAGCUAUUGUUGGUGAUGCUUUCUUAAGAAGAUAUUAUUCCAUUUACGAUUUAAAGAAAGAUGCUGUUGGUUUAGCUGCUGCUAAAUAG